AUGCAAUUUUUAAGCUUUCCUUUAAAGAAUGGUCAGGUUCGUUUAGUUACUUCUUUUUUCAUUAUUAGACUCAUUCAAAUGUAUGAAAUUGUUAGUCUUUUAGUCAAUGUCUAUUUUAGUCUUCAACAGCGUCUUGCGUUGAAUUUGUUUCGUUAUACGAAAGCCUACAUUAACAAACCUUUAUAUUUCUUCCUCUUUUCUCUCUCAUUUUUACACCAUUUUUUCUCUCUUUAUCAAUUUUCUUUUGGUCUAGCUUCUUUGUUGUCAUCAUUUCUUUUUUGCAUUUCUAUAUCUUUCUUUCUCACUCUGUUUGUCUAUUUACCUCUUUCUCUCUCUCUCUCUGUUUGUAUCUCUCUGUAUAUUUCUUUUCCUCUGCCUGCCUCUCUUUCUGUCUGUACGUCUCUCUCUUUCUUUCUCUCUGACUGUCUGUCUUUUUAUGUCUCUCUUCUUUCGUCUAUCUACCAGCUUGUCUCUUUUUCCUGUUUAUGUUUUUUUUCUCUGCCUACCUGUCUGUCUGUGUCUCACUUUCUAUUUUUCAAUGUGCCUAUAAGUCUGUCUGUCUCUCUUUUUCUAUCUGUCUUUCUUCUUCUCUCUAUCUGUCACUCUUUUUCUGUCUCUCUUUUUCUGUCUCUCUCGCUUUCUAUGCUUGUCUGUUGCUUUUUGUUUAUCUGUCUGUCUCUUAUUCUCUCUGUAUGCGGCUUCCAAGUACCUGGCCAGACAAUAUUUAAAUAUUUCCUUUUGUGGGCUGAAAUCUAUCUAUCUAUCUAUCUAUCUAUCUAUCUAUCUAUCUAUCUAUCUAUCUUCAAACAAAAUCACCAUGUAUGGUUAGAGCACAUUUACUCAUCACUUCACCGCUACGAUAAUCAUUAA